AGAAACAUUUCUUUUUCAUUUAGAUUACUUUUGUUGCUCUUCUUAUUAAUCACGACUGAUUUGGGAUAUCUCCUACUUUUGAAGGAAUCGAUAACUUUAAGAGCCGAAAGAACGAUACAGAAUAUGACGUGUCAGCGAAGGAUAUGUGGUCUACAUCUGAGCUACAUGGGAUAUUUAACGAUAUUCCUAUAUUUAAUCCACGAGACAUUGAGUCAAGCGUUAGAAGACUUCAUCCCUGGUGAAGACUACCCCGCCUUUACCGAAGUGCCCAAGGGCCUGUCCUUCACCUGCGAUGAUAAAAUACCGGGCUACUACGCAGACCCUGAAACGAGCUGCCAGGUGUGGCAUUGGUGCGUGCCGUCCAUUGGCGGUAACCAAAUGUACUCUUUUCUUUGCGGCAUCGGAACAGUCUUCAACCAAAGGACGAGAGUGUGCGACUAUUUUUACAAGGUGGACUGCCAAAACGCGCCAUCUUAUUAUGCGAUAAACGAAGACCUGUACAAGGAUGAAGAAGGGAACUACAUCGCCGGCAAAAAGUAGUUUAUUUAUUACUCAGCACUUUCAAUAGAUUAGAAAACUGCGUAAAAAUAUCAUUAAUAUUACGAGUUCUUAUUUUUUAUAACAAUUUACAAAACAUACAACAUAUCUCCAAAUUGCAAUAAAUAAAAAUAUUUUUACGGCAUUUACAAAUUGUAAAUUUUGUAACAAGCAUAUAAAAUUUUCUCCAUUACCCAUAAUGGAUAUAAUGUAACUUUAUCUCCAUUCGUUGGAUAUUUACGCAGUUUACAUUUUUCUGCAUGUAUUAAUUAAAAGGUUGUGCACUUCACAACUUCUGAAAAUAUUUCUUAAAUUGUAGUUUUUCUGUUAUUGUUUUAUACUGUCCUUCGCUUUGUAGAAAGCACAUACUGCCUUUUUCUACUUUUAUACUGCGAUUUUAAUUGUUAUAUUUUCAUACUUAUCUAAAGCGUAGCAUUAAUCAAACCUACGUAACACCAAUUAUAGAACAUUUGCCAUCUAUAGGCUAUUUCUUCCAACAAGACGCGCCCCACCGCUUUAUGAGCGGGGGUGUUGUGGGGUGUCGCGGGGAAGGGGACUGAUUCAAGCUUCAGCCUCGACGCUAUACAUCGUAGUGUGCGUGUGCACUCAUGCUGCUCACGCACACUGUAAACGAUUAGGGAAAGUAGUGCGGCGCGUCUUCGUGGAUGAAAUAGUCUAUAUAAUAUGGUUGUAUAAUAUUUUACAAAAAUAGUAGCUUGAUUGUUUGGAUUUCCAGACAACUUGUAGAGAAGCUACGAUCCUACUUAAAGAUAAAGAUAAAUAAUCCUACUUUAAAACCGGGAAUCAUUUGACUAAUUUCAGUAGAAUUUUUCCAUUUUGUUUUGACCUAAUUAUUAAAUAAUUUUAGUAUAAAUGAGAGCGAGUUACCACUGACUUAUUAAAGUUGAAAAUCAUUACCACAAUUUUACAAAAAAGUCACUAAGCAUCGUAUGUGAUAACUUUUAGUUGGCGAAACUGUAAUAAAUUACAAAUUAAAAUUAUAUUAUAAAGAGUAAUAAGUAUUAAUCUUAGGUCGUUUUCACGCUUGCGUUUUUAAAAUACAAAAACGCUGCGUUUAAACCUUUUAUUUUUAGUCAUUAAUGUUGCUAUAUUAAACAUAGUUACCAUAUCAGAGUACAAUUUUUAUAUAAAUAAUUAACGCAUGUAGUUAUUUAAUUAAGAUUUAGAAAAUUAUUUUCUAUUGUAAUUGUUUGUGUAUAACUCGAUUAUUUUUAAGAAACAAUUAAGGCGCUAUCUGUCUUGUAUCACAAAUAAAAUGUUUUUAUAUCCGU